AUGUCUCUGCUGGACGAGUGGCACCGCCUCGUGGAGGAGGUUGCGAGCAUCAGCAGCACCGAGCCGCUACCGAAGGACUACAUACCCACCGACUUCCUGCCAGGCGGCCGCGAAGUGCCGGAGGCGUUGCUGCAACUCGUCCGCGCAGGUGCCGCCGCCUUCGACGCGGAGUCGCGCACGCUGUUCCGUCCACAAAUGACUCCGGAGGAGGGCUGCCACGCAGCGCCGGUCGUCACACGGCACGGUGCCGCUUCGCCGUCCUCCUUCGCCGCGCCGCAGGCUGGGAAGGAGGGGGUGGAGGACACUAACAACACCAACGGCGAUGCCAACGGCGAUAAACCGCAAACGUCGAUGCACGAGGGGCCCAACUUCUUCGAGGCAUACAACGCCCACGCGACGGCGACGAAGCGAAAUGGUGAUAAAGUUUCGCUAGCGGGCAUCAACCUCGCCACCGCUGCUGCUAGCAGUGUGCCACGCUCUCUCGGCACAGCCUCCCGUCUCGCAUCGGGUUUCCUGCUGCCCGAGUACUACGCCCAGAAGCACCGCCAGCCCGACUUCAUCCCCAUUAUCCUCGUUCCUGCCUCCGUCUCAUCGCUGUUGCAGCUCUUCAACAUACGCGAGUUCCUCGAGAGGGGCGUCUACGUUGACCCACCGUCGCUUUUCGUGGAUGCUAAAACAGGGGCGGUGAAUGUGCAGGAGAGCAAGCCCGACGCCGUGAUCGUCACCCCAGGCAGCUUCCUCGAUGCGGAGAAGUACACCGUAGCAUACAAAGUCUUCCGUGUCGUGGAUGAUCCGAAGCAGGUGAAGAACUGGCAGCACGUGUGUGCGUGCAUUGUGGAUGGUAACGAGUGGCAAUUCCGCGGCUGGUACCCCAAUGAGGCGACACCGGUGCCAGUGAGCGAGCUGUUCCAGCGUGUGUGCGGCUUCCUGCCGUACCUUGAGGAGGACAAGCUGCCCAGCGCGCUGCAGCAGUGGCACGUGAAGCCGCUACCGCUCACGCGCCGCGUUGUGAAGGCCCACGCGCACAUUCUGCAGGCGUCCGUCUUCUGGGAGCAUCUGUACACGUUCCUGGAGACACACCCAUUUUUCAAGUUGUACACGGUCCCGCUCGAUUAA